AUGGCGUCCAAGCAAGACAGCGAGACAGCGCAACAUUUCAUCUAUAUCACUCAGGUAUACUUCUGUUCAAUGUGUAAGUCAAGAGCAUCUCGGUAUCUGCUCAAUUGGUUGACUGUCCACGGCGCGACAGAUGCUGUCGUGCUCUGGGACUGGGCCAUUAGUCUGCCGAGGGAAUGGCGUUUUGUCUGGAGAACGCACUGGACUCCCGUCAAAGUCGCCUACCUAUUCUGCAGGUACUGGGUCAUCGCCGUCGUCCCAUAUCUGCUGUAUUGCUUCGUGAUGGACCACCCAAGAGAAACAUGCGAACGCAUCUUCAGAAUCCCUGUGGGACUCGCUAUGUGGAAUCAAGUCGGAUCCGAAUCGGUUCUCCUCAUUCGGACAUACGCAUUUUUCAACCGCAACAUCUUCGUCUUAUGGUUCCUCAUAUGCUCAAUGGCGGGCGUCGUAGCUUAUCAACUUUACGUUGAUAGCACUCAGAUGCUCUUACUUCCUUUCGUGAAACCUCCCUAUACCUACGGCCCCUGUCUACCCAUGUCAAAGCCCCAUUCCGCUCAUCUUCUUGGUUUCUUUAUUGCACCCCUUCUCUUCGAUACUCUGGUCACAUUCAUGACCAUCUGGAAAGCCAUCUAUAUUCGUCGCCGAAACGGAGGCCCCAACAGCCGGCUUAUCCAGACGUUCCUUCGAGAAGGCGUAUUCUACUACCUUUUAAUUUCGAUUGCAAACUUGAUCAAUGGUGUCUUCUACUUGCAACCACGUCAGGUCAUUUCGGCCAUCAACAUCCCGUUGAGUGUCAUGCUGGCCCCUGUCCUCGCCUGUCGCUUGAUCCUUGAUCUUCGUGAACGGGGUUCCGAGACAGUAACUCACUCCGAGGGUACAGGAAUGGCCGCGUUUACUACCAAGUCUGUUGCGCAGCAGGGUUCACCAUUCACUCCGCCCCACCAUCGUCAGAAAAGCGCGAUGGGAACGUUCAGCAGGAACACUCGGUUAACCAAUACUUUGGGAUCUGGCGUCAUGCUCAGUACGAUUGGAAGCCUAGCGCCCGAUCUGGAGGAGAUGGACAUGGAACAAGAUUUAGUCGAGAUGGAGAACAUUCGGAUAGGGCUGGGCAUGGGGAUAGGGCGACUGAGUACGUGCGGCGGAGACUCCGAGGACCUCGAGAAGUCUGGCUCCAGCUCAAGCCCUGCACCCGCAUACCAUGCACUCGAAAUGGGAUUCAGAGCGGCACGCAGACCAAGUUCCGACGAGAUCUGCGGCAUCAAGGUGGAGGUGGAGAAGACUACGACCACCAUGUAG